GUUGUUCGCUUCCCUCAACAAGAAGUUUCCGGUGAAAGAUCUGGGGGAGUGUACCUGGUACGACGGGUGUGCUAUCGCCAUGGAUGUAGAAAAUGGCAUCACCAAGCUGUCCCAGACAGCAUACAUUGAGAGUAUGCUGAAGCGGUUUGAUGUGACCACGACCGCUUUCACCCCUGCUGCCACCGAUGCCGACCUAGGGCCGAAGAGAGAUGACGAGCCCGCGGUGGAUAAGCCUGUGAGGGAGGCAAUCGGAUGCCUGAUGUGGACGAAGCUGACGAGGCCAGACAUCGCCCUGCCUCUGAACAAGCUCCAGGAGAUCGCCCACCCACCCGCCGGGAGGAUAUGGAACGCGCUUGUGCGGAUCAUGUCCUACCUGAACUUCACGAAGGACUUCGGCAUCACCUACGUACGGGGGUCAGGACUAGACCUAAGCGUGUUUGUCGAUGCCAGCUACGCUGACAACGAAGUAGACAGUCGUUCUACGACCGGGUUAGCUGGUGUGAAGGAGGCAUUGUUUGUGCGUGGCGUUCUGUCGUUCAUAGCGCCCGAGACGAGUGGGGCGAAGAUCAAGGUCCUUGAGGACAACAAGGGGGCUCUCGCCUUAAUCGAGAACCCGUUCAGCUCAGCGAGGAGCAAGCACAGAGAUAAAACGUCUUCCCCUUCUAAGUAA